UUGUUUUCCAUUUACUUACGCGAAGAGUAAUAUAUCUGAACGAAUCGACGAGAGUAUCUUGAUUUUGUUUGUACAUAAUUGUUGUAUGUAUACAACCGUUUUGAUCUUUGUAUCUUUAAUAUAAAUUGCGCUGCGUUAUUGUUGCUGUUUCGAUUCAAUCAACCAAUUUAUAAUACAUAUGAACUUUGAAUACGUGGAUGUUUUUUAAUGCAAGUUUAUGUUAAAAUUUGAAUAUCGUCUUAGGAUACUUAAGUGCAGUUUUUAGUUAUUCUCUAAACAAUCAAAUUCAUUUUUCAAAGUUUUCAUAUUGUUCAUAUGAAAACGACCAGUGCCGUAAAUCCAGCCGCGCUAUUAUGUUUAAAAGUGAAAGGCCAUCGAAUCAAAAUCUAAAUCAGUCGGAACUAUUAUUUGCUACUGAGGACAAUAUGCAAUUACUUUCAAAUCAUAUGCUAAGCAAACUGUUGACUCGAAAUGUUUGCUCGAGAAUUUCGAACAAUUUGUGUGCUGCCACGGUCAUAAGAAGAGAUUUUAGCAGUCCUAAAUCGGAAAAAAGGCAAAAACUUUUAAGAUAUCCCGCUUUAAAGUUAGAUAAGACAAUUGAAAAAUUUCUUAAAACCUGCGAACCUUUGCUCACUCCCGAAGAAAUGGAAAAAACAAAAUGCGUCGCUGAAAAAUUUGUUUCUGAAGACGGUAAGAAAUUACAAACGCUUCUUGAAAAGGCAGCGCAUAAGGAAGAAAAUUGGUUAUCUAAUCGGUGGCUUAAAGCGGCUUAUAUGCAAUAUCGCGACCCUGUUUCUGUAUGGAGCAGUCCGGGUAUGACAUUCCCCAUGAAAUUUUUCAUUAAUGAUGACGAAUGGCUUAGAUAUGCCGCGAAAACAAUUAUGGGCAUGAUUAAGUAUAAGAGAAAGGUAGACUGUGGUGAAAUUCUGGUGGUGAAAAUGGGUAAACACGAGUUGGAUAAUUCUCAAUUCAAAUUAGUUUAUGGUACAUGUCGCAUACCUCAUCCCCAGGAAGAUAAAAUGGAUUACAAUCCGGAUUCAAACUACGUUGUAAUUAUUCAUAAAAAUCACUUUUAUAAAUUGCCAGUUUAUGACAAAAGUGGAGAAAUUUUAAAUGCCGACGUUUUAGAGGGACAAUUAAUAAGAAUUACGUCAUCGCAAACGGAACGUGGUAUUCCAUACGGCGUUCUUACCACCAACAAACGCGACGAUUGGGCCGAUGCGUACGCAGAGCUUCUAAAAUCAGCAAAAAAUGCUGAAACCAUAAGAACUAUACAGAAAUCGUUAUUUACCGUAUCGUUGGAUGCCUGUGUGGUGGCAUUUAAAAAUACAAUUUUAGCUGACCGAGCUCUGCAAUUAAUACAUGGCGGCAAUGUAUGCCGCAAUGGUGGCAACCGUUGGAUGGAUAAAACGAUACAAUUAAUUGUUAAUCCUAAUGGUAUGAGUGGAUUUUGCUACGAACAUUCCCCAGCAGAAGGACAGCCAGUUGCGCUAAUAGCUGAUUACUUGAGCAAGAUUGUUUCUAAAGAAGAUGAAUUUAAAACUGGCAGUUCAAAAGACUUUGAACGCUACACGAAGUUGGAAUUCGAUACACCAACCGAUUGUACUAUGGCUCAAAUUGAUGAAGCUUCAUCUAAUCUAAACGGACUUGUGAAUAAUUUCCAAUUGCAUGUAAUACAAUUUAAAGACUAUGGCAAGGGUUUACUAAAACAGCACAAAUUAAGUCCUGAUAGUUUUAUACAAAUGGCCUUGCAAUACGCUUUCUACAGGCUUCAUAAAACGCCCGCCGCUCAAUAUGAAACUGCCCAUUUGCGAAUUUUCUAUGGUGGUAGAACAGAAACGAUACGUUCGUGCUCUAAUGAGUCGGUGGCUUUUGCUAAGGCAAUGCUUGAUGAAAAGAUGGAUGACAAGCAACGUGCGGAGCUCUUGCGAAAAGCUGUUGACGGUCAUCGUAAAUAUACCAGCAUGGCCUUAAUGGGUGAAGGCAUUGAUCGUCAUUUGCUGGGCUUAAAAUUGAUGGCCUUUGAAAAUAAACUACCGACACCGGAGUUUUACAACUCACCCGGCUAUAUCAAGAGCAUGCACUAUCGUGUUAGCACUUCUCAAGUUGCUUCCAAAGACGAUGCGUACAUGUGCUAUGGACCCAUGUUUGACGAUGGUUACUCAUGUUGUUAUAAUCCGCGUGAAGAUGACAUUUUCUUUGGUGUUGGAGCCUGGCAUUCAAAUAAGGAAACUUGCGCCGUUCGCUUUUCAAAGUCCAUAGAAGAAGCUUUACUGCAUAUGAAAAAAAUUUUGGGACCGCCACCUACAUCUGAUGCCGAUAAAAAAGGAUCGGCUGAUGCCGACAAGAAACCGAAAAGCAAAUUGUAAAUUGACUGAAAUUAUGAAAAAAAUUUAAUAUAGUAGAAGUGGAGACAAAUGCAAAAUGUUCAAUAUACAAA